UACCAUGGUGGAAUCAGCAGACCCGACACUCUCUGUCCAGGCAGGACAUAGCCUGGGACCGACACAGAGAACCCACAGUGGGGACACAUCAACUCCAACCAUCUGGACAGGGACUCCUUCAACACUGACUUACAGUAUUCCUCAUUCAGAAGAGACUGCUCUUGGGAGUGUGUCAAGGACAAGUACACUUUCUGUGACGGAAACAACUUCUGAGUCCUCCCCCUCCUCUUCCCCUGUCAAGGCCUUGACCCCUGAGUCCUCCAUGUUAGCACAGGACAACACUCUUUUUUCUCAAUCCAUUCCUUCGCCGCUCACAUCUGGGCUGAACGAGACCACACAUGACCUGAGCAUGAGCCCGGUUUUGGUAACCAGUCCCCCUCCUUUCCCGAGGAUGGGAUCGAGAGAGGCCAGUAGCUCUGAGGGAGCAAGCUCCACUGCAGAGACCCGCAGUGAUCUUUCUGAAUCACCUGCUACUGCUAUGACCAAGGUGUCCAAGACAGAACUUUUUUCUAGCCAAGAAUAUGGUGCAGCUCCACCCGCAGAGUCACCACAAACCCUUAGCAGGAAGAGCUCCUCUUUCUCUAAUCCCCUUGACAUGAUGGAACCUGCCAAGAUGACUACCAUCAACCAUGCGGGUUCUCCAGGGACAAUAACACAGAGCACCAUCACUGGGGAAAAGCCAACCAUGACAUGGUGGGCAGGGACCACGUCAGUGGAGACUCGCAACUCAGAGAUGACCAGUCUUCCAAGCACGGGUCCUGAGAAUGUGUCAAGGGCAAGCACGACCUCUGUGGGUGAGGCAGCCUCACACUUGGCCUCCUUGUCUCCCUCUGCCAUAAACUCUUGGUUGUCUGUCUCCUCCACGGUUACAGAGAGCAGCACCUCCUCCCCUCUGAUUGUCACUUCUGGUCUGAUGGAGAUCACUGAAGUUUUAAGUCCAAUCCCAGAACCAGAAUCUAGUCUCUCUCCACAUCUGACUAGUGCCCCAGCGAAUGUUCUGACCUCCUCCGAAGUCAAAAUAGAGUCACAGCAGACUUCUUCCUUAGACACGUCAGGAUGCAAGUAUUUUACCAUCAACCCCUGA